UAUUAACUUCUAGAGUAGCAGUUAAAGUAACUAAUAAAAUAGCAAAUUCUAAAGCAGCUAGUACUUCUACAACAAAAGUAAAGGAAGCAGCUAAAAUAGUAGCAAAUUUUACUUUAAAGAAUAUAAAUCAUGUUGAUAGUCACAGCAAUAAAGUAAAAAUUAAUCAUUAUGAUGAAUUUAAUGAAGAAAUUGGUAAUAAUGAAGAUGAUGACUCUAAUUAUGAAUAUGAUAAUGAUAAUGAAAAAGAUGAUAAUG